AUGCAAACACUGUCAAAAGGAACACAAAGAUACAGCAUAUACUUUCCUUUGGUUGUCACAGGUAUGUUACAAAAACCAGUGAACAAUCGACGCAUUGAACGUGUGGCCAAUUUAAUUCAAGAAUAUCGUAUUGCCGAAAUGAAACAUAUCAAUGGUAAAAGUAAUUGUCUUGCUGAUUAUCUUUCUAGACCUUCUGAUUAUCCACUUUUUGAUAUUGAUUAUGGCCUCGAAAGCAAACUUCCAUGCUCAACCUCAUCAAAUUUAACCAAUCCUUGCCAACCUUCGAAGAACAUUGUUGCCUACAUGACACUUCGCCCUCAACAAAAAAUUCCUGCACCAGGUGUAUCCAGCCUCGAUCAAGAGGACGAAAGUUCCGAUGCUACAUCCUGUACUUCUGAAGAUUCAUUUACCACUUGUUCACCACUUAUCACAACAACUCCAUCUCCGAAUGUUUUCGAUUCGAAUCAAUUAUCUCAUGAACAAGCUCAAGAUCCAACUAUUAGCCGUAACAUUUCUCAAUUAAAUCACAGCUCACAUCCUGAUUCUACUUUAUCUUCUUCGUUUAUUAUCAAAAAUGGUAUUCUUCACAAACUUAUUACUCUCACUCCUAAAUCUAAACGCCGAUUAUGCGUGCCUUAUCUUCCUUCGUCGAUGAUACAAUCUCUUCUUACUGCAAUUCAUGAUGAUCCUUUCCAAAGUGGACAUUUUUCGAUCGACAAAAUUAUGUGGAAAAUACGCACGCGUUAUUGGUGGCCUCACAUGAAGCAAGACGUCCACAGUCACGUUCAAGCAUGUGUCCUGUGUCAGCAAUAUAAUUAUUCGCGCCAAAAGAAAUCGGGCCAUCUUCAACCCAUUCCACCGGUCGCUAUCCCGCUCUCUGUAACUGGAAUGGAUUUUUGUGGCCCAUUCGCUGAAUCACCUCGUGAAAAUAAAUACGUCCUGGUCGUCACAGAUCUUUUUACGCAUUUCGUCACUGCUAUUCCGUUGCCCACCAACACUGCUGGCAUUACUGCAUUAACCUUAUUCCGUCACAUCUUCUGUCGAUUUUGCGUUUGUUCCACUUUAAUUACAGAUCAAGGAACUCAUUUUAAUAACAAUCUUAUGAGCGCAUUACAACAUCUUCUUAGUUAUAAUCAUAUUCUUGGCGCUCCUUAUCAUCCACAAACCAAUGGCGUUGUAGAACCUUUUAAUGCGUCGAUGGUGGUUCAAAUUUCCAAACUUCAACAGAAACAUCACAACAACUGGAACGAUUACCUUGAUGCCGUUGUGUUUGCGUACAAUAGUUCGAAACACAAAACAACACAGUACUCUCCAUUCGAGCUGUUCUUUGGUCGGUCUCCAAAACUUCCCAUCGAUUCGCCGCCACAGUAUUACCAAUUUGAUCGUCCUAGCAACUAUUUUGUACAUCUUCAAAAAAUUUUUCAAGUUUAUCAUCAGCAAGCAAAGUUGAAUAUUAUGAACCAACAACGUUACCAUGAAAAGUAUUAUGAUUACAAUCGUCGGGAUCCUCAUUACAACGUAGGAGAUUGUGUUUUCACAAAAAUCUUCGCUGCUCGGGGAAAAUUAGACCCACGCUACUCGACCGAGCCAAAGAUUAUCGUUCAAAUUAAUCAUCCCACAUAUACUGUAAGGCAUGAACCAACUGGUCUUGAGCAUCGUUAUCAUGUCUCUGACUUACGGCCAGUCACCUUAACUUAUGUCGACAAUGAUUCUAUUUAA